GAUCUCCCGGCGGGCAGUGCGGCCCGGCUCUCGGGCGGCUGCGAGUGCCACGUCCCAAGUGCUACGCGGAGGAGCGGCUGGGGCGGCGCGCGGGGGGGCGGGGAGCAGCGCGGAGCGCGGCCCGGCAACACUGAUCGCCCGCCGCCAUGGGCUCCUCGCAAAGCGUUGAGAUCCCAGGCGGGGGCACGGAAGGCUACCACGUCCUGCGGGUUCAAGAAAAUUCCCCAGGACACAGAGCCGGACUGGAGCCAUUCUUUGAUUUUAUUGUUUCUAUUAAUGGUUCAAGAUUAAAUAAAGACAAUGACACUCUUAAGGACUUACUGAAAGCAAACGUUGAAAAGCCUGUCAAAAUGCUCAUCUACAGUAGUAAAACACUGGAGCUACGGGAGACCUCAGUCACGCCAAGUAACAUGUGGGGUGGUCAGGGCUUGCUGGGAGUGAGCAUUCGUUUUUGCAGCUUUGAUGGAGCAAAUGAAAACGUGUGGCACGUGUUGGAAGUAGAAUCAAAUUCUCCUGCAGCAUUAGCAGGUCUUAGACCUCACAGUGAUUAUAUCAUUGGAGCAGAUAUGGUCAUGAACGAGUCUGAAGAUCUCUUCAGCCUUAUUGAAACACAUGAAGCAAAACCAUUGAAGCUUUACGUGUAUAAUACAGACACCGAUAACUGUCGAGAAGUGAUUAUUACACCAAAUUCUGCAUGGGGUGGAGAAGGAAGCCUAGGAUGUGGCAUUGGAUAUGGUUAUUUGCAUCGAAUACCCACACGCCCAUUUGAAGAAGGAAAGAAAAUUUCUCUUCCAGGACAGAUGACUGGUACACCUAUCACCCCUCUUAAAGAUGGGUUUACGGAGGUCCAGCUUUCCUCAGUUAACCCUCCGUCUUUGUCAACACCAGGAACUACAGAAAUUGAAAAGGGUCUGUCUGGACUUUCUAUUAGCUCAUCUCCACCAGCUGUCAGUAAUGUUCUCAGUACAGGUGUACCAACUGUACCAUUAUUGCCACAAGUAAACCAGUCCCUCACUUCUCUGCCACCACUGAACCCAGCUACUACAUUACCAGGUCUGAUACCCUUACCGGCAGGACUGCCUCAUCUACCCACCCUUCCCAAUCUCAACCUCCCCACACCACACGUCAUGCCAGGUGUCAGCUUGCCAGAACUCAUGAACCCAGGUCUGCCACCUCUUCCUUCCUUGCCUCCCCGAAACUUACCUGGCAUUGCACCCCUCCCCAUGCCUUCCGAGUUCCUCCCAUCAUUCCCUUUGGUUCCAGAAGUCUCUACUGCAGCGGGCUCAGGGGAGCUGCUGUCCUCCCUCCCACUCACCGGCAACCCACCUUCCGACCCGGUCACCACCACUGCAAAGGCAGAUGCUGCCUCGGCACUUAAAGUAGAUACAGCGCCCCCGGCUCCCAGGGCCCCCAGCACUGUUGAGGACAGAGUCGGCGAAUCGGCCCCAGCUACAGUAGAGAAGCCUGUGUCUGUGGUUAUGGAUGCAAAUGCCUCUGAGUCACCUUAACUUGGAACUGGUCUUCGGAAUUGGCGUGGUGCGCUUUACUUAACCGCGGGAGCGUGUCUGGAAAUGCAAGCUGUCGUUAAUUUCAUACUAGUUUGUACCGCAUCUGUAGGCAUCCUGUAAAUAACUCUGAGGGCAGAUCUAAGAAGAGGACAUGUGUUUGUUCCCUACAAAGUCGAGGUAGGGCUCACAGGCUGGGGAGGGGAAUGUCAGAAAGUGCUUGUAUUUUAACACAACCAAAACAGUUGUAAGGGUGGCUUGCCGCCAGGCUUCUACUGCCAUUUCUGGGGUGUAUGUCUCUGGAAAAGGUGGUGACAGGCACCCUGUAGGUUCUUGCUGCUCCUUCUGUAAGAAAAAAAAAAAAAGAAAUAUUUUAUGCCUAGUACCCACACACGCCAUUUCUUGUGUUUUGUAAACCGUUUGCAAGAGUGCAGACCACCUGACGAUACCAUGAAAGGAAAAGAGAUUUUACAUUUGGCCCCUGUAAGUCACAUCUCUAUUUAAAGGUCUACACAGAAAUUCCAACUAGAGAUAUUUGUUAAAAAGUUACACUGUGUGCACAAGGAAUGGAAAGUCUUUCUAUUCAACCCACAACAGAUCCUUAUUUUGAGCACUCACAAUCACCCAGACAACAUUUUGUAACUACUGCUGUUGCUUUGUGCAUCCAAAAGAAAUAAAGGAGUCGCUGCAGUUUUAAACCAGAAGGUGGCACUCUGGCUGCGUGGCGCUGUACCAGGAGAGCAUAGAUACAUACAGCAAUAAAUCCAGGACUUCCCUUCCCUUUUGGUCCAUUUCAAUCACCCCUCCUAGGUGCCCUGGGUCCCCUUGCUACUCACUCUGUCACACACCUUUAAUGUAAUUUCUCAUGUCUUAACAUUUGCUUUCUCCUAAUUUUCUAAGAGCCAGUAAGUUCAGUGGAACUUAUUUACUGAAUGAAAUUAAAUGCUUAUUAUGUUUCUGUUUUUUAAAUAAGAUAAAAGAGGUCCCUUGGUUA